GCGGAAAAGCUUUGGACGCCGGGGAAAAUAGCAGAGAUGGAGGAAGGCCUCCGCGACCCAGAGCCGCAAGAAGAGGAGCAGCCGUGGGAAGAAAGAACUCUAAGCCUCCUCCAAGACUCCAAGAUCGACCAAGAGCUCUCCGGGGAGAAGGAGGGGAAAAAGUGGGGCAAGAAGCACAAGGUAAAGUGGAUGAAGAGGCCGAUGACCAUGCCCCAGGCCAUCCUCGAGUUCCUCGACGAAGAUCUUAGGGAGAACGCCAUCAGAUACCUAAGCAACUACCUCUUCGAGAAAAGGGAGGAGGAUCCAGAUAAUUACUAUCGGGCUGGAUUUUUAGUGUUCAAUUCCUGUGCUACAAUGUCUGUCUUGUUGCAGGAGAUUACGGGGUUUUACGUGAAGAUGGUGAAUGAAACUCUUAAUGUGAGAUCCAUUAAACGUCUUGCAAACGUUCUCACACUUUUUCAGAGUGUUGCAGCUAAUGGUGAAACAAUGCAGAAAUUUGUUGAUUCUUGUGUUCCAAACUUCUUGGUUCCCCUGAUACUGUUUGAAAGCAAAAUCGAGGUAUUUGACAAUAUUCGUGCAAUUGCUCUCUCGGUCAUUGGAAUUCUAUGCCAGGGUAGAGAGCCAAGUAUCAUCCAGUGGGCCAUUGAGAGUGAUAUGGUAGAAGUGUGUCGCACCAUUGUAGAGACAGGAAGUGAGCUUACUAAAGUGAUUGCAAUGCACAUCCUUGAAGCUAUACUUCAAGAUGGGUUUGGGAUAUCUUAUGUUUGCAAUCCCAUUUGUGAUCAUCUACUUAAAGGAUUGAUAGAGACAUGGGACAAACAGAUCAGUCUUUUGGCUGUUGACCAAGACCUUUCUCCACGCCUCCUAUUCCACAUCAUCAGAUGCUACAUUAUUCUUUGCAAACAUGAUAGGGGAUAUGUCAUUGUGAUGAACAGUCUCCCAGAUGCUCUCACAAAUGGUUCCUUUCAUGAAGUGAUGGAGGAGUUCCCGGUAAUCAGGAACCUGAUGCAUCAGCUUCUCCUCAAUAUUGGCAAGACAGUAGAACAUCCAAUAUCGAGCGAUCCAGUUCAAGUGCAUACAGUGAAAGAGAAGAUGCUAGAAUCUGGUCUUUGCAUAUAUGAUUCUGUUCCCACCAAUGCGAUGGUGCCGAAACUUAUUGCACAUGAUCAAGUAACCUUCUUACCAUCUUCUCUUCAAUGUUACUAAUAGUAAUUUCGAUUAGGUAGGGGGACUGGCUUAUCAAUGUUGUACAAGUGCUGUCUCACAGCAGUUUCUGGAUGACGAGAAUUAUUUCAUAAUUCUUUCAUAUCCCCACAUUUUCUAUUUUUUCUUGUAAAUACUGUGCAACAUUAUAAGUUCUGUGUGUCAUACAAGUUCAUUGUGUUAGUAAAUAAGUUGACUGUAUCCAAAAUUCUGAAAUCGAAGAUACCGAGUUUUGG